AGUGAGACAUGAUGGAGCGACUGAUUGAAUUAGGAGAGAAAAUGAACUUGGAAGGCGAGAAGUUGCAUGAGUUUGUCCAUGAACAGCAAGCCAUUGAACGAGAAGAGAGAGCCACUGAACGAGGAGAGAGAGCUAAAGCCAUUGAACGAGAAGAGAGAGCCACUGAACGAGAAGAGAGAGAGAGGGAGAGGGAGAUGAGGAGAUUGCAGUUAGAGACAGAAGAAAGAAGCGCAAAGGAGGAGCUGGAGUUCCGAAAAUUGGAGCUGGAGAGGAAGAGCAGCACGAAAGAAACAACAGGAGAUGCCGAAAUGAAACCAGAAGUCGUCGCGAAAGCAAAGCUGCCAAAGCUGCUGCCAUUCCAAGACGGUAAAGACGAUUUGGAUAGCUAUCUGCAGUGGUUCGAGCGAUAUGCCAGGACCAGUGGCUGGGCAGAAGACCAAUGGGCGCCAGCGCUCAGCACAUUAUUGACAGGUAAGGCUCUUGAGGCGUAUUCGCGAAUGUCGGAUGCUGUGGCGACUGACUAUGGACAGCUUCGAGAAGCCUUAUUCAGACGGUAUGACUUGACAGAAGACGGGUACCGAUUGCGAUUCAGACGCAGCCGCCCUGAGCCAGGAGAAAGUCCAGAGCAGUUCAUUCAUCGAUUACGCAGUUACCUCGGUAAGUGGAUGACCAUGUCCCGGACGAUGAAUACGGCCGUGUCUGUUAAGGAUUUGUUUAUAUAA